CGCCCCGCCCCGGGGCAGGCUGGGAGCUGUAGUUCUGCCGCCCGCCGCGCCCGGGGAGGCUGUGUGCGGCGUGAUGUGGGGCGGCGGGCGGUUGGUGUUGCCGCGGGGGUUGCUCCUUAUGGCUGCCGCGUACUGCGCAGCGCCGAGGCCGGCGAGACAUUCCUCCCGGCCCAACGUGGUGCUGGUGGCCUGCGACUCUUUCGAUGGACGUUUGACAUUUUAUCCAGGAAAUCAGACUGUGGAUUUGCCUUUCAUAAAUUUUAUGAAAAGAUAUGGCUCUGUCUUUCUCAAUGCCUAUACCAACUCUCCAAUUUGUUGUCCUUCUCGUGCAGCUAUGUGGAGCGGUCUUUUCACUCACUUAACAGAAUCAUGGAAUAACUUCAAAGGUCUAGAUCCAGAUUAUGUAACGUGGAUGGAUGUCAUGCAGAAGCAUGGCUACUACACACAGAAGUAUGGGAAAUUGGAUUAUACUUCUGGACAUCAUUCAGUGAGUAACCGUGUGGAAGCCUGGACUAGAGAUGUUAAAUUCCUGCUCCGGCAAGAGGGAAGACCCAAGGUAAAUCUUACUGGUGACAGGAGGCAUGUGAGAGUGAUGGAAGCUGAUUGGCAGGUUACUGACAAAGCAGUGACUUGGAUAAAGGAAGAAGCUGUUAACCUCACUCAACCAUUUGCUCUUUAUUUGGGGCUAAAUUUGCCACAUCCAUAUCCAUCACCUUAUGCAGGAGAAAAUUUUGGAUCAUCUACAUUUUUAACAUCUCCAUAUUGGCUUGAAAAGGUAAAAUAUGAAGCUAUUAAAAUUCCCACGUGGUCUUCACUUUCAGAGAUGCAUCCAGUAGACUAUUAUUCAUCUUACACCAAGAAUUGCACAGGAGAGUUUACGAAGCAAGAAGUAAGAAGCAUUAGAGCAUUUUAUUAUGCUAUGUGUGCAGAGACAGAUGCUAUGCUUGGAGAGAUUAUUUCGGUUCUGAGAGAUACUGGGCUUCUUAAAAAAACGGUUGUUAUGUUCACUUCAGAUCAUGGAGAACUUGCUAUGGAACACCGUCAGUUCUAUAAAAUGAGCAUGUAUGAAGGAAGUUCCCAUGUUCCUCUUCUAGUUAUGGGCCCAGGCAUAAAAGAACAGCAGCAAGUAUCAGCUGUGGUGUCUCUGGUGGAUAUAUAUCCUACCAUGCUUGAUCUAGCAAGAAUUCCUGUCCUGCAGAACCUCAGUGGAUAUUCUCUUUUACCACUGCUGCUUGAAAAUGUGGAGGAUGAAGUGUCAUGCAGAGGGCCUCGGCCCUCAUGGGUGUUGAGUGAGUUCCAUGGCUGCAAUGUGAAUGCUUCCACAUACAUGCUUCGAACUGAUCAAUGGAAAUAUAUCACAUACUCAGAUGGCAUUUCAGUGCCUCCACAACUGUUUGACCUUUCUGCUGAUCCAGAUGAGCUGACAAAUGUUGCCAUAAAAUUCCCAGAAACUGUACAUUCCUUGGAUGAAAUACUUCGCUCUAUAGUAAACUAUCCAAGGGUUUCUUCAUCUGUUCAGAACUAUAACAAAAGACAGUUUAUCAGCUGGAAACAAAGUUUGGGGCAGAAUUACUCAAAUGUUAUUGCCAACCUUAGAUGGCAUCAAGACUGGUUAAAGGAACCAAAAAAGUAUGAGAAUGCAAUUGACAGGUGGCUCAGCCAAAGAGAACAAAUAUAUUAAUAAAAUAAAAAUGUCACAGACUUAACAUGAUUGAGGAGAUGGAAACAUUCUCCAUUUGUAAUUUUCUGUUGUAUUUCAAUUGUUAGAAUUAUUAUCUUAUAUAAGCUAUUUAAAGCAAAGAUGCCUGAAGAAUUACUGCGUUGUGCUAGAAAGCCCAAAGUGUUUUAUGUAACUGGCCUGCAGAACAAAUCUAGCUUUUACAUGUUAAAAUUCUGUAGCAUGUAAGUAUGCAUAGAAAGAAUGGUACAUAAGUUCUAAUUAUGUCUAUGGGACAUAUAGCUGGUUGCCAAAAUGCAGAGUAUUAAGUGUUGGAACUUAACAGGAAUUUGCAUUUUUAAUGACAGGUUAAAGCAAGAAUUAUAUUAUGUAUUAUGGUGGGAUACCUGUUACAUUAGAGUAUGCCAGAGCCAACUUUCCACCAAGGCAGAUUGUCCAUUACAAAUAUGUAGUCAUCCACUUUCGAGAUGCUGCAGAGGUUAGAAUUUCAUCAGAAAGAUAGCAACUAGUGGCCUGAACAUUAAUGCACUUUAUUCAAUUACUUAAUAUUUCUUCAUUCCAUUUUCAUUCAUCAUCAUAUUUGAAGAUAGGGCUUCUUAUCUCUGGCUUUUGGAUCUGGACUUACCAUGCAGCACUCUUCAAAACAGUUGCAUAAUACUACUCAGAUGCUCUGGCUACCCACAGGCUACUCAUUAAGUAUGUUUUCAAUGAAGAGAAAUUGGUCUUUGUUCAUUGUUGGAAAUUACAGGGGGGAAAAAAGCAACAACUCAACAACAACAAAAAUAAAUCCCUCAGACCAAACCUGUGAUUAGAGCUGUUUUCUGAAAAGUAAUAAUGGGAUUUGCACAGCAUUAAGUUGAAAACUGAUUGAGUGGAUCUCCACUGUGCAGUUAAAUUCUGCAGGUAAAUAUUGUAAUGUGCAAAGUUUGAACAUAAAAUAUACACAGAGGGCAUGCAGUUGAAGCUUGCAGAAAAGAAAAAAAAAAAGGAAAUAAAACUACUAUUUCUCAUUAGGCCAGGGAUGUAGCUAAGUAAUUAAAUAAAACACCAAAGGAGUUUUGGAAGAAGGUAAAAUUUAACUGGUAAGUCAACUUUUCCUUAGUGAAAAAUGCUUGUAGCAGCACAUAUGGGGGCUUAUUCUUGGACACUAUUGGUGCUGCUAUAGUAGCAGUUCAGGAUGACAUUAUAACUCAUGCCUAAAUGCUGUCAGGAAUUUUAAUGAUGUACUCAGCAGUAAUGGUAAGCUGAAAAAAAAAAUAAACAGGAAAAAUAUGUGUAUUUUCUGAUAGCUAAGCACCCUAUCUGCAUUUUGUAAACUGCUUACUACACUAUUAGUUAGCUGCAUAUAUUCAUGAAUAUGUUACUUUUCUUAUUGUUCAUAGAACAUUAAGAAUAAUCUUAUGCUACUUAUUGCUUUGGUUUUAUUUUUCCCCCCUUUUUUCCUUUUUUUUUUUAGUCAUGGAGCAAGUUAAUACAUAAACCUUUAAGCCUUUUAGAAUAUGCCAUUGUAAUUUUUGCUAAGAUGUAAAAAAAACACAGCAAUGUAACGAAUUGGCUGCAUAAAUAGAGGAAAAAAAGUCUGUAUGAAGGCACAUUUGUCAGUGAAAAUAAUAAACUGAUCUCUUUACAAAGUUCUUGGCAGGUUGGAACUCACUGUAGGGAAUACAGCAAAAUAAAGUGUUGGCGGGCUGUA